AUGCGAAAGCUGCAAGCCCAGCAGCAACGAGAGCUUCACGUACUCCAGCAGGUGGGUCGAUUCAACGACCUUCAGCCGUGGGUUUUUGAUGGAAAGCAUUUGCACCGACUUCACCCAUUCUUUGCCCUUCAACCCGCCGUUCAUGCCUCCGCGCGGGAAAAGAUCAGACCUGAGAAUCUCCAUCUCAUCCCAGAGGAUGCUCUGCAGCUCUAUGACGUGCUUAGCUCCAAGGUUGACCUCCAAACCUUGGCCCCAGAGGCCUACUUUGCUUCCUUGCCACAGGGCUCAUGGAACCUCAGUAUGCAGGAGGUGCAGCAGUGGUCCAAGUCGGUGGGAGAAGCUUUCGACAGGGCAGCGCGCGACGUGCAGGUCGCGGUGGUGCGUGAGUUGACCGAGGAAGCAGGUGCAGCGUUCGGAUGCAUCGAGGAGGACCUCCGAGAGGGGUCACGGCAAUGUUUGGAGGCUCGGUUUGGCUUUUUGGUGGAGCGGCUGCAAUCUGCAGACAUGCUUCCAGCCAUCGUUUUCCAUGACAGUCGAGUUGGUUGUGAAGGCUUGGCCAUUACACUGGGCAACUACUUGCGAGCAAAGGUGGAGAAGUAUCGCAGAGAUGAGAAGAUACAGUACAAGAUUGAGGCCUUGGUGAAACAACGGGAUCGGAUUCCAGUACCAGAGGGGCGUGUUGGGAAAGAUGGCGUUGUGAUGCUCAAGCCAGAAGAGUUCGACGACGUGCAGCAGCGGAAGAGCCUGGACGCGGCCAUCUCCUUGCUACAAAUGAUUCCGCGGGAGUUCACGGUAACUCCACAGGGACGCACUCAGCUGACGGAUUCUGAGUUGGAAGAGGAGUUUGAUGAAAAGAGGGAUCCCUUCAAUCCUGGCCAUGUCUUGCACAUCCUUCUUCUCUAUGGUAUUGGUGUGCAUCAUGCUGGCUUGCCCGCAGUGUAUCGGCAGGUGGUGGAGCGCUUGUUUCGCAUGCAGCGCUUGGGUGUCGUGGUGUCGACAUCCACCUUGGCCCUCGGCAUCAACAUGCCUUCGAAGACGUCCGUCUUUGCAGGUGACUCCAUCUAUCUGAGCCCCAUGCAGUUCCAACAAGAGGCUGGAAGAGCGGGCCGUCGCGGCUUCGACCUCCGGGGGCACAUCGUGUUCUUCGGCCUUGCGGGCAAGAAGGUUCAGCGGCUCCUGGUCGGCGAGCUGCCAAGGCUUGAAGGCAGCAUCCCCAUGACCGCAUCGUUGGCUCUGAGGCUGUUGAUGAAAGCUCAGGUGCUGCCGCAGGCGGAAGACUUUGUGUCGCAGGCAGUUGCUCGUCUGGCCAGUUGCCCCUUCUUCUGCCCAUCGAAAAGCAUUCCAUUCCAACAGGCGCACCUCUUUCAGUUUUUUGUCCGGCAUCUCUUUGCAGAAGGCUUCCUGGGACCUGCUCGACAGGUGACGGACUACGCAGGCUUUGUGGCGCACGUCUGGUGGGAGGAGCCAGGGAACUUCGCACUGGUAUCACUUCUCCAGGAGCGAGGCAUCUUGACGGAGCUGUGCCAGGGCCCACGCAAGAAUUUGGUGGCAGUGCUCUGCAACUUCUUUCAUCGCCGACCCCUUGAGCGAUGGCACUCCCGGACGCGUCUCAAGAAGAGGCUCAAGUCCUCGGUGGUAGAGUUGCCUCCUCUGCCUCAGAAGAUCAUCAGCAUCUUGAGGAGGCAGAAAGCCAAAAGCAUGCUGCAAAGCGUGAUCUGGCAGCUCCAGCGCCUGGUCUUGAGCCUGGAGAACCCGAAUUCUGCCCUCCCUCUGAGCAAGGUGCAACCCUGCACCUCCACCCCCUCCAAAGCUUUGCGAUCUCCAUUCAUGAUGCUCUCCGGCCGCAAGAACGACUUCGUGAGCUUGCAGGAGCUCUGCGCCGAGCUACGUGAUGACCUCCACUUAGAGUCUGAGAUGUUCCCCGUGCUGGAGGUCGAGCCUGACGUUCGAGCUGUGCGGCUCAACGCCUAUUUGUUGGAUUUCUAUCAGCAUGGCCAAGUUGAUGCACUGGAGCGCGACAACAAGAUCCCGCACACCGAAUACUGGACACUUCUCGAGGACUUCAUGUUUUUCCUGAGGGCCCUCGCCUCAGUGGCCAAGCACCGCCAGCACCGAGUCAGGCAACGGGGGGAGGCCACGGAGCUCGGCGAGGAGGUCAUCGUGGGAGGCACCGUGGAGCGUUUUGCUAAAAGCACCUGGUCGGCCCUCACAUCUCGAGUGAAGACGCUCCUCAACAAAGCAAUGAGAGAAGUUGUCCUGGCGGAAGUGGAGCAAAAGGUGCAGGGGAAGGUGGAAGAGCUCUGGGCAAAGGGAAAGCAGGCGUUCAGCCAAGCGCAGCAGAAGCAGCGCGAGCAGAUGCAGCGUGUUCUGGAGGAGGUCGCGCAGUGCCAAGCACGGCAGGCGUCCCUAACGGCCGAGAACGAACGUCUUCGCGAGGCCCUCCGGACCCUUUCCUCCAAGUGCUCAUCGCUGCCUGGAUAUGUGCCAGAUUCUCUGGCAUCGCCAGGGAGCACUCUGGCCGGUACACCUCCACUGCAGGAGGAGCCAAACUAUCCGGCCCCCUUCACGCCGAUCCCGUUCGCGCCAGUCGGCGACUUUCCCAGCUAUGCGGGCGAGGCAGGUCUGCCAGAGGUGCCUGUUAUGCCACUUGCUUCCCCAGGGGUUGGAGCACCUGGUUGCCCUGCACCUUUGUCACUGGCAGAGGCACUCGGCCCACCGGCAGCGCCUUUGCGCACGCCGCUGUCGCUAGCGGAGUCGCUGGUGCCCGAAAGCGACGUCGGUUCCCCCCAAAGCCAGAACCGCUCUUUCAGCGUGACCAUCGCCAAGGCUCCUGACAGCGAGUUAGGCCUAGAUGUGUCCCACGAGCCCGGCGGCAAGGUGCUUCGAGUGGAUGGAAUUCGGCCGACCGGUGCGGUGAAGGCCUGGAACCAGCAGUGCCUUGCGUCAUCGACUCCGGAGCAGGCCAUUGCUGUCGGAGAUAAGAUCACGAGCGUGAACAACGUGGCAGCAGAUCCAGUCAAGAUGUUGAAGGCCUGCGUGUCGCAGCAGACGUUGAGCUUGGAAAUCGAGCGUGAGGGCCCAAACACCUCUCCAGUGAGGAGUGGGGUGCUGAGGGCGGAGGCCACCGAGUUCAUUCCACGAACAGGCCUCGAGGUGCCAACCACCACGGACGAUUGA